AUGUCGGAAGUUAAAAGAACUAUUAGAAUCACAACCGAGCAACACAUCUUGAAGGAUUUACCUCCUGUGGAAAACUAUCCCAUGAGAUCGUGGUCCAUUGAGAUUUCAAUGCUUGACCAAUCAGGAAAUGAAAUAGCUGCCAACAUCUUGGAUAAGGUGAUUUACUCCUUACAUCCAACUUUUGCCAAUCCAAUGAGAACUAUAAAAUCUCCUCCAUUUAGGAUGGAAGAGCAAGGUUGGGGUGAAUUUGAUAUUCCAAUUUCUGUUCAUUUAGUGGGCAUAGCUGGGAAAUUGGGUACAAGAAACAUUAGUCAUGAUUUAAAUUUCUUGCUGGAAAAAUAUGUUGUCGACCAUCCAAUCUCAAUCCCCACCAAUAAAUCUCAAGCUUUGACCAAAUUAUUAUUGGAAAGUGGGACCGUUCCAGGUGGAGUUGACGGAAUCGCCUCAGGCUCAGGUGGAGAUAGCAAAAGAAAGACAGAUGAUGUAAUUGGAGGCUCUAAGAUUAAGAAGUCUAAGAAUGGUUCCAGUGGUGUUUCAGCUAAAGGUGUGGUUGAUUUGGAAAAAUUAUCAAACGGAUUAACUAAACUCAGUGAAGACGAUUUGAUCGUCAUUGUGCAGAUGGUUACUGAUAACAGGACAAACGAUAUGAAUAUAAAAAACGAUGUUGAAAAUGGCGAGUUUUCAAUGGAUUUACUUACAUUACCAGAAAGUUUGUUGAAAAGUUUGUGGGAAUUUGUGAAGAAACACACAAAUGAGGUUUAA